GUUUUUUUGCCCCUGAUAAACCCCUGUCAGGGGCAACGGAUAUCCAGUAGAUAACCCUAACCCCCAUAACUCACCAGCCUCGGCCCAGGUUAUCCGUGGAUCGGCUAGUGGCGGGGAUGAGCACUGGGGAUCGGGAAGCUAUCGGGGCCAUGGACAAGCAGGAAUGGGAAACACAGCGGGGAAUGAAAUACAAGGUGAAUUCUGCUCCAGCCACCAACGUCAGAAUACCGACGAACCCAAUUGACCAUGUCCAGACUCCUCUGCAGACGAUUCCCCGCCCGGGCCCUUCUUCAAGCCCGGCCAGCGCUCCCGACCCGGAGCUAUGCGUCGGCAUCUCCAGCUGUGCAGUUCGACUGGGAGGACCCGCUCGGAGCAAAGGACCUGUUGACGGAGGAGGAGCUCGCAGUCUCCGAAACAGCUGAGCGGUAUUGCCAGGAGCAAUUGCUUCCCCGAGUACUACGUACGAACCGUUGAACCCGAAACCCUCCGAAUCCGCCUGCUUGGGCUAACGGCACGAUAGAGGCAUACCGCGAUGAGCACUACGAUCCCAAGAUCCUCCGGGAGAUGGGCGAGCUGGGUCUCCUGGGAGCCAACCUUCAGGGGUAUGGAUGUGCUGGAGUGUCGGAUGUGGCUGGAGCAUUGAUCACUAGGGCCGUCGAGAGGGUGGACAGCGGUUACCGAAGCGGCAUGUCGGUUCAGUCGUCGUUGGUCAUGGGUGGAAUUCAUGAGUUCGGUUCGGAAGAGCAAAAGGAGAGAUACCUCCCAGACAUGGCAAAGGGCAAGCUUCUUGGUGCUUUUGGACUUACCGAGCCGAACCACGGCAGCGAUCCGGGCUCCAUGGAGACGACUGCGCGCGAGCACCCGACCAAGAAGGGGUGCUACCUGCUCAAGGGGUCCAAGACUUGGAUCACCAACUCGCCCAUCGCCGAUGUUCUCCUCGUCUGGGCCAAGCUCCAGGAGACUGGAAAGAUCCGCGGAUUUCUUGUUGACAGGAAGGACUGUCCUGCUGGCACACUCGAGACACCCAAGAUCAGCAACAAGACUGGACUCCGCGCUUCCAUCACCGGAAUGAUUCAUCUCGAGGACUGCCCUGUCCCCAAGGAGAACAUGUUCCCUGGGGUGGAGGGACUGAAGGGACCGUUUGCCUGCCUAAACAGCGCCCGGUAUGGUAUCUCUCUCGGUGUGAUGGGUGCUUUGGAGGACUGCCUGGCGAGAGCGAGAACCUAUGCACUGGAAAGGAAGCAGUUCAAGGGCAACCCCCUUGCCAAGUAUCAGCUGAUCCAGAAGAAGCUCGCAGACGCCGCCACUGAUAUCUCAUACGGCGUCCUGGCCUCCAUCCAGGUCGGCCGGUUGAAGGAGCAAGGCAAGGCUACUCCCGAGAUGAUUAGCAUGGUCAAGCGCCAGAACUGUGACAGAGCUCUGUGGAAUGCCAGAGUUCUCCAGGAGAUUUUCGGUGGCAAUGCUGUCAGUGACGAGUAUGGUAUAGGACGCCAUGUGGCGAACCUCUAUGUGACUCAGACCUAUGAAGGCCAGAGCGAUAUUCAUAGUCUCAUUCUUGGAAGAGCCAUUACUGGCGUUCAGGCAUUUGUCUGA